UCGUGAAAGCAGUCGGGAGAGCGUCGCACUUCCGUAGUACGUGACUAGUGCACCGCAUUAAGAAGUCAACAUGGACGUCGGUGUGACACGUCAAGACCAAGACCAGCGUCCUUGCUGAAGACCUCUAAUGUCUGCAGAGGAAAGAGGUACCUGCUGAUCUGCAACCAUGGGGACCAUCAGCGAGGACCCCAUUUCUUUGUGGCUAAAGCUAGGAGCCUUAGACAAGUUGGAACAGGCCCUAAUGGACGGAUACGGGGAACAGCUGAUUGGGAAGACGUCCCGUAUUCCACAAGUCGCUAGGUUUCUCAAGCAGGUGCCAACUAUACAGGCACAGAUCGAAGAGAUCCACGAGGCCAUAAUGCAGGGCAAUCUGGAGCAAAUAAAGGAUCUGCUCUCUCAGCAACGAAAACUGACUUUCUGUCGGGACCAACAAGGUGCUAGUCCCCUUCACAAGGCGGUCCUCUUCCAGCAGAGGGACGUGGUAACUUUCUUCGUGGAGCACUUUCCUAGCAUCAUGCACGCCAGGGACCACCAAGGCCGCACUCCUCUUCACUACGCGGCCGUGCUACAAGACGACGGCGAGGUGUACCGCAUGCUUCGAGCUGCAGGAUCCGACGACAACGCCACCGACGUUUACGGUCAUACUCCCGAUUCCUACCUGGAUUCUCCUGGUGAGCUGACCGUGGAACAACUCAAAGAAGGUGCAACCGUCACCAGGACGAGACGGAAAGGCCAUCGACGGAGAAAGUCUGGUGAAGACGCGGCUUCCACACGAGGAUACUCUGCAAAACCAGCGGGACUCAAGGUCCAGAUCCGUGAGAUAAUAGCUCAGGGAAACCUGGAAGCCUUAGAGGAACUUGUCUUACAUGGUCAUGGAGACAAACUUUUGGGAGAAUCGAGUCCCAACCCACUCGUGCAAGAGUUCCUCGAUACUGUUCCGGGCUAUAUGGAGCAAAUCAACGACGUUCAUCGUGCUGUAAUCAGGGGUCGAUUACGUGAGGUACAGACACUCAUGAACCAUAAGUCGCUAGCGCUAGCGCGGGAUUCUCUGGGCGCAACGCCCAUCCACAAGGCCGUCAUGUACGGACACGAAGACAUUGCAGAACAUCUUGCAGAGAACUUUCCCGAAUGCCUCAGUGCCAAAGACGUUGACGGAAGGACGGCUCUUCAUUACGCGGCGUUGUUGAAGGACGGCAGGAAGAUGUACAGCAUGCUAAUCGCGGCGGGAGCCCCACCAGCAAUCGUUGAUUAUAAGGGAAAGUCAGCCGAAUACUUCCUCCAGUACCCAGAAAAACUGAGCCUGAGCCAAAUCAUCAAAAGGAACCAACUCGCCAACGCCACGUAUAUGGGGAAUACAAUCACUCGGCUAAAGACAAUGGCUCCCGGAUUCCCCAAGACACUGGUUCAUCUUCACGAAAAGUACAACUUCUUCAACGACCAGGUGGAGAGUGGCGACACGAAUGGACUCACAAACGGAGCUGAUGAGGUGCAAUCCAGCAGUUCCGGCGAGCAUGCUGACAAGAAUCUGCUUUCUGCGAACCCUGUUGAGCCCAUGAAAAAAGUGAUGUUGCGGAGCCGGCCUCUUCUUCCAGCCGUCAUAUUACCACGGUUAGAAGUGACAUCAGCGAACAUUCGCAAGUGGAUAGAGGAACAGGAUCUGAAGAAGUUGGAAGGCGCCGUGUUGGAAGGUUACGGGGAGCGUCUUACCCAGGAAGUCUCCUGUGCCGACGAGAACGUGGAGCAAUACCUGAAGCAAGACGUCCCGCGCAUGCUGGAACGCAUCCGAACCAUCCACCGUGCGGUCACGGACGAUGACGUGCCCCAACUGGAGACGCAACUAGACAGCUCCGACUACGCGCUUGCGCGAGACCAUCUGGGCAUGACACCUCUUCACAAGGCCGUCAUUCUUGGCCGACAUGACGUCGUCAAGUUGCUCGUUGACAAGUUUCCAGAAACCAUAAACGCCAGAGACAGGGAAGGAAGGACUGCUCUUCAUUAUGCUGCAGCGUCAGCUCGUAAAAAUGGGAGGAGGCAAAUUUACAAGCUGUUACUUCAAAAUGGUUCUGACUCACGGAUUAGAGACAACCGCGGAAAAUCCUCGGAAUUUUACAAGACACAUCACCUACAGAUACCUCCUGAAGUGGCCCAGCUUGACCCUCAUGUAAGAGCGCGGAGUAAAAACAGACUAGAAGCUCCGCGGGCAAGGUCCAGACAAAAUUCUCUUACGUCAUCUCAACUCGUGGAGAAAGUGACGUCGGCCCUGCAGAAAGGAAACCUGAGCCAGGUUCAGGAACUGGCAGUCGAGGGCUACGGCAAGCACUUGCUCGGGAGGACCAGCUGGAGCGAAGAAGUGCGACAUUUCCUCAAGGCGUUACCGCAUUUCUUGCAAACUGUAGCUUCAGUUCAUGAAGCAGCAGCAACGGGAAACUUGAAACAGCUGAAAGAACUCACAGACGCGAAUGAAGUAUUGCUCAAGGCACGAAAUGAGCAAGGUAACCAGCCCAUCCACACGGCUGUCGAAAGCAAGGACAUGGAUACUAUGAAUUACAUCCUGGAGAAGCUUCCAGCCAGCAUCAACGCUAAAGCAGCGCACGGACGAUAUCCGAUACACCUCGCCGCGCUGCUGAGGGACAAUGACAUCUACAAGUUUCUUGUGGAGAAAGGAGCUAACCCCAGAGUCUUAGACCAAAAAGGCAGAACAGCCGAGUACUACAUGAGGACGGGCAAAGGAGAUGCUAAGUCUGCAGGCCCCUCAGACAGCGGGAUAACUUGGCUGGCCGAACCGAAGCCGAAAACGGAAGAGCCUGAGUGUGCAAGCGAGGCUCCUGUCCAACCCGAGAGUCAAGAACCUCAAAGCGAGGCUGCCAACCCAGACACUGAGAAAGAAGCUGUGCAAGAGGCAACAGAGAGCGAGUCAAAGGCCGACCAAGACGUCAAGACAGUGGAAGAGGGCGUGGCCGAAGUGAAAGCGGAGAAGCAGGAAAAGGCGGCGGCGGCGGAAACAAAACCAGAAGAGACGGAAAACAGCAGCGGUGCUGGCGAGAGCGAUUCGGUGGAUGCAGAAGGUAAAGUAGAUGAGCAGUCUAGCGAACAUCAACAGGAUUCUAACAGUGCUGAGGAUGAUGUAGAUGAUCACGGCGAGGAUAACCAUGAGGGGGUUGCUGGUGCAGACGGUGAUAACACUGCCGAUAACAAUGACAUUGCGAGCAAUGAUCAAGAAGGUGUGCGUCCAGAUGGCCAGAUAAGCGAUGCUGAGCAGCAGGACAUUGGUGAUAAUGCUAACACAAACGGUGACUCCACCGACGACAUAGAAAAGCAAGGCGUUAUCGGCGAAAUAGUGGUUAAUGAAACGGCGGAUGCUGCGGAUAAAGAUCAAAAUUUACUGGGGCAGUCAGCAGAAGGAGCUGAUAACGGUGCGGAGGGUGACGGAACGGCAGAAGACAAGGACGGAACAAAUGAGGAUGAAGGAUGUCCUGAAAAUAAUAACGUUCUCGAAGAUAGCAAUAACGAUAAUCACGAGGACUUACAAGGCAAGGUUAAAAGUGAUAAUGCUGCUGACGGGGUAGCAGUAGAAGACGGCGGUGCCCAAGGUAACGCCAAGGCAGAUGUAGGAGAGGGUGAUGCCGCACCGACAGGGGAACACAGAGGUAACGGGACAGAAGACAAUGUGGAUCACAAGAGCACUGAGGGCGGUACAGAGGACGACAAUAAGAACGACGAUGUUUCUCAAGGCGUACCCGAGGACAACGAAGAAGGUACGACGGACAGGGUACCAACUGAGAUUACUGAAGAGGAAGGCGAAGUAGCUGAAGUGAGACAUCAAGAUAAAGGAGAACCCAUGGCUGAAGAGCAAGAAGUAGUUAAUAAGAUGAACGACGAAGCGGACACCGGAAACCACCAGAACAGCAGCACGGAAGGGCAUGCUGAUGACACAAAAAGUGAGGAACAGGAGAGAAACAUAGAGGAACCAAUAGAGAACAGCAGCGACGGCAAUAAUAAUAUGGAUAGAGACAAAGUCAAGCGAAUAGACAGUAAAGGCAGUAAAGCUUCAAGAAACAAAUCGUCGCACAUAGACCGGCUAAAUGAAUUAAUUGACCUGUGGAUCAAAGAAGGAGAUCUGCUACGCUUGGAGCAUGUUGUCAUUGCUGGCCAGGGGGAACGCCUUCGUAAUAAGACGUCCGACGACAAACAAGUGCAAGAGUUUCUAAGCCUCGUCCCCACGUACAUGGACAAAAUAAAGGGUGUGCACGACACAGUGGUACGAGGGAACCUAGACGAAGUCAAACAAGUGCUUACGAGGAAGAGGUUCGCGCUGAGCAGAGACCAACUGGGUGCCAGUCCACUGCACUUGGCUGUUCUGCACGGCCAUACCGACGUUUUGGAGUUCAUCAUUCAGCGCUUUCCCGAAACACUCGAUGGCCCCGACAAUGAAGGGCGAACCCCCCUUCACUAUGCUGCCGUGGUCGCUGAGGGCCAGAAAUAUUUUGAUAUUCUCAAGACUGCUGGAGCGGAUGACACCAUCAAAGACAAACUGGGCCAUACGCCGGAAUACUACCUGAAUCAUACCAAGGAGCUUACCAUUCGAGACCUCCUCGAUAACUACAAGGUGAUUAACGGCGAGGACACCAAGUCGGCUUCAGUGAACGUGUGGAAGAGGCCUCCAACACCUGAAGAAGAAACUGCUGGCUCCGCGGAAUCGCAGGAAACGCAAGACGAAGCUGAAUCACCGCUGGCAUCAGAACCUGAAAGCAAACAGGAAAAGAAGCCAGUAGCAAAGGUGGAACCGGUGACCGAGACGAUGACCUCGAAAACCGUGAAACCGACGAAAGCCCAGCAUACGUCAGAGAAGGUCGCAGCUCCCAUCACCUCCCCAACGGAGGACGUCAAACAACUUGUGCAGAAUAUGCUCGAGAAGGACCGCCCUCCGGAAGACAAACAGUUUCUGAUGUCGUCCGUCGGUGAUACACUCAUCGAGGGCCUGCUCGCUGUGGUUAAAAAGCGGCCAGAUGACCCGGCUGAGUACCUGGCUUCGUGGCUGACGGAAAGAGCUUCUGAAGUGAGGAAGCCCACGAUGGAUGCGGCUGAGCCACACAAAACAAUGCCGGAAGUAACAAAAAAGCAGGAGGAAGACACAGGAUCAACGAAAACAGAGUCAAACAGUUCGUCGGCUACAAGCGACGGAAGUGUGACGCAUACGGGAAUAACCGAAGCCGACGCUGAGCGAGCAAUCGAAGAGGAAGCUGCUCUAUACAUGGGGGACCAUACCAAGAUGAAGGACGAACAAGGCCAAACUGUGUUACACUUCGCGGCGUCGCACUCCCACCGCGACGGCUGCUUCUACGCCCUGGUACGCCAGGGCGAAACCCUCUUGGCUGAGAGGGACAUCCGUUAUCAGACAGCGAGAGACGUAGCACGAGAUGCAGGUCAACAGGACAAUGUGCUCACCAUCGACCAGUACGUACUGGACGCCUUCCUCGAACAGAGGGAAGACUUCAUCCAACGCUUGGUACACCAAGGCUACGACCAAGCGUUUAAGGUGGCGGAUCGGCACGGUAGAGAUGUCACCACGCUUCUUCAGCAGUAUGAACUUAAAGACAUGCAGACGCUCAUGCAGGACAUUGCUGACUUCCAGAAAGCUCGAGAUGAACUGCACUCGUUCGUGAGGAAGGGCUAUCUGGAAGGAGUGCUGAGCCUGGUGAGGCAAGAUUCUGCUCUGGUGACGGCUAAGAACCACAGAGGACGCUGCGCACUGCACAUCGCUGUGCUGGCCGAAAACUGCGACAUCAUGUCCGCCCUCAUCAAAGCCAACCCUGACGCUGUCCAUCUACCCGACAACAUGGGAAGGACACCGCUCCACUAUGCGAUGGGACUUCCACAAGUGACAGCGAUGGGGCAGAUCCUCAUUCGAAAUGGAGCAACACGCACUGCUCGAGAUGUUAAAAUGCGAACGCCGAGCUACUUCUUCAUCUACAAGCAGGAAAUUAAGAAGCUGAAAAUAGAAGAAACACCGGACUGAGCUGCGCAAACUGACUCAUGGAUUAUACGUAUAAAUAUUACGCAUUCAUCGGUAUAUAGGGAUCAUCCAUAAAAAACGUCCUUGAUUGUUUCUGAGAGAAGUGGGGAACAAAAACAAACACCUUAAUAACAUGAUCCCAAGCAGCACAACAUAGUGGUCCAAUAUUGGUCCAGUAUUGAACCAGUAUAACCGAUAUCCAGCCGAUAUUGGGUCAAGAUAUCGUGCUGCCUGGGCGAUGCUGUACCUGGAAGGGCUUCCUUGCGUCAUUAGUAAGUUUAAUAAAGUAUUAUAAAGUGCAUAAAUCGUACAGUAAAGUUUAAUAGGAAUGAAAUACCCAGAUUAUUAUAUUGCGUAUAAUUCUAAGCACGCUGUUAUUUCUGCGACUGGUUCUAAAACUUGACACAACAAACAUGUGGGACGAGGAUUCAGGCUUUGACUGAACAAAUACCGAUAAUGUGUAUAUGGCGGCGCAAGAAACACAACGGGAACAAUACAUAAAAGCUUUUUCUGCCGCGAACGUAACUAUAUACUGUAUGAAACGAUCGCGGCUACGCAGUCAAAGUGAUUCUUAAUAAGAAAAAAAGAAAUGAAAAAGAAGAAAAAAUAUAGUGACACUGUUAGUUACCAAAAAAUAUUUUGGCACACAACAAACUUAUGCACGUAAUGUAACUGGGGGAAUGUUACACAUGAAUCGCGCGACAUAACGUCAAUAUGCGAGCGCAUGUUGAAUCACUCUUAAAAUUGGGGUAAUACCUAUAGUGCCAAAAUGCAGCAGUCGAACAAACCGAAGGCAAGAAGGCGUCUUUGAAAUUAUACCAGACUGAAUACUACUACUGUCGCCUCGACUUGGUUUCUGGACGUGCACUUGUGACUUUUUUUUUUAAUUUUUUUAGGACAGUCUCGAAGAAUAAGAUGAGAAUUCGCUACCUUCAUCAUAUGAUCGUUAUAUUCGUUACAGAGUAUCCUAUCGUUAUAGGCAAACAACAGAUCCAUCGUUAUAGACAGGAACAGCAAUAAAAACUAUUGUGUAUUGCAGGGCUCCGUUGCUUUCACUUUUUUCCAGCAAUCAACCAGUCAACGAAUCACACAGUUCACACCAGUCAAUUUGUUUAUUAUUACCGAAGUGAAUAAGUGAGUCAUUUACACAUAUUUCUAUGCUGUGUGUGUUUUCAGUGUGUGUUUCGUGCGAUG